UUAAAUCCCCGCGGCCAAUCAGCAACGCGCAGGCCCUUGUAACGUUCCCAGCGCCGCGUUUGAAUUCGGGGUGGGGCGGAGCAGAGCAAGUCCCUCUGCACCGGCCCGGCCAGGUCCGUGGAGCAACUUCGGCAGGAUGAAUGCAGCGGCCAAAGCUGGAAAACUGGCUCGAGCACCACCCGACCUCGGGAAAGCCGGCGUCCCGGGAGAUGCAGCUCCCGGUGCCCCAGUGGCCGCCCCGCUGGCCAAAGAGAUUCCGGAGGUCCUAGUGGACCCCCGUAGCCGGCGGCAGUAUGUACGAGGCCGCUUUCUGGGUAAAGGAGGCUUCGCCAAAUGCUUCGAGAUCUCAGAUGCAGACACAAAAGAGGUGUUCGCAGGCAAGAUCGUGCCUAAGUCUCUGCUGCUUAAGCCUCACCAGAGGGAGAAGAUGUCUAUGGAGAUCUCCAUUCACCGCAGCCUCGCACACCAACAUGUCGUAGGCUUCCACGGCUUUUUCGAGGACAGUGACUUUGUGUUUGUGGUUUUGGAGCUCUGUCGCAGGAGGUCCCUCCUGGAGCUGCACAAGAGGAGAAAAGCGCUGACGGAGCCCGAGGCCCGCUACUACCUGCGGCAGAUCGUCCUGGGCUGCCAGUACCUGCACCGCAACCAGGUCAUUCACAGGGACCUUAAGCUGGGCAACCUCUUCCUGAACGAGGAUCUGGAGGUGAAAAUAGGGGAUUUUGGCCUGGCCACCAAAGUGGAAUAUGAAGGGGAACGAAAGAAGACCUUGUGUGGCACUCCUAACUACAUAGCUCCCGAGGUGCUGAGCAAGAAGGGACACAGUUUUGAGGUGGAUGUGUGGUCCAUUGGGUGCAUCAUGUAUACCUUGCUAGUGGGAAAACCACCUUUUGAGACCUCAUGCCUAAAAGAGACCUACCUCCGGAUCAAGAAAAAUGAAUACAGUAUUCCCAAGCACAUCAACCCAGUGGCCGCCUCCCUCAUCCAGAAGAUGCUUCAGACAGACCCCACUGCCCGCCCCACCAUUCACGAGUUGCUCAAUGACGAGUUCUUCACUUCUGGCUACAUACCCGCCCGUCUCCCCAUCACUUGCCUCACCAUCCCACCAAGGUUCUCAAUAGCUCCCAGCAGCCUGGACCCCAGCAGCAGCAGGAAGCCUCUCACAGUUCUCAAUAAAGGCGUAGACAACUCCUUGCCUGACCGUCCCCGGGAAAAAGAGGAACCAGUGGUUCGGGAGACAGAUGAGGCCAUCGAGGGCCACCUUAGUGACAUGCUACAGCAGCUGACCAGCGUCAAUGCCUCCAAGCCCUCAGAGCGAGGGUUGGUGCGGCAAGAGGAGGCCGAGGAUCCUGCUUGCAUCCCUAUCUUCUGGGUCAGCAAGUGGGUGGACUAUUCGGACAAGUAUGGCCUUGGUUACCAGCUGUGUGACAACAGCGUAGGGGUGCUCUUUAAUGACUCCACACGUCUCAUCCUCUACAACGAUGGGGACAGCCUGCAGUACAUAGAGCGUGAUGGCACAGAGUCCUACCUCACCGUGAGCUCCCACCCCAACUCCUUGAUGAAGAAGAUCACUCUCCUCAAGUAUUUCCGCAAUUACAUGAGCGAACACCUGCUAAAGGCAGGAGCCAACAUCACACCCCGGGAAGGUGACGAGCUGGCUCGGCUGCCCUACCUGCGAACGUGGUUCCGCACACGCAGCGCCAUCAUCCUGCACCUCAGCAAUGGCACCGUGCAGAUUAAUUUCUUCCAGGACCACACCAAACUUAUCCUGUGUCCCCUGAUGGCAGCGGUGACCUACAUCGACGAGAAGAGGGACUUCCGAACAUACCGCCUGAGCCUCCUGGAGGAAUAUGGCUGCUGCAAGGAACUGGCUAGCCGCCUGCGCUAUGCCCGCACUAUGGUAGACAAGCUGCUGAGCUCACGCUCUGCCUGCAAUCGCCUCAAGGCCUCUUCCUAGGUCUCUCCUUUGGACUGGUGCCCCUUUAGUCUGCUAGCUCUGGGCCUGCGCUGCUGGCCUCCCGGCGCUACUGUUCAGUGCCCCUGGCCCUGGGAGCUAGGCAGUGAGUAGUUGCCCCCUUGAAGGGGUUGCUGUGUAAGUUAUUUUUGUACAUGUUUGGGUGUGGGUUUAUAACCUCUUCCUCUGCCCUCAGCCCACUGUAUGAAUUGUAUAGAUAUUUCUAUUGCAUAUGAGACUGCCCUUUCCUUAGCUUUAUAUACAUUAAAUAUAUGUACAUCUCUCUCUCUUUCUCCUUUUUUUUUUU